UAAAGAUGAACUGUCUGCCUUCAGCUAAAAAGAAAAUUCAAAAAUUAAAUUUCUUUUUUCAACUACCUUAAUAUGUAUAUUGGAUUUACGAAGUUGAGAUUUAAAGAAAAAUGGCGGGUAUUUUAACGAAGAGUAGUAUUCAGUCAUUUUCUGGCUGUGCCAUUAAAAUCCAGGGAAAUGCAUCAGAACAAAAUAUAAAUAUUUCAAAAAGACACUAGAGGCAAGCGGCCUUCAAUGUUACUGGUAUCUUCCAUUAUCGGAACGUAUGAAGUGAAAUAUCCAUUCCGCCGUCAUGGAAAACAUUUAAGAAAAAAAGGAUUUUUUGCCAUAAUGCAGCUUGUUUGAAAUGCCAUGUCCUUGCACCGCCAAAUACUCACAAAAUAUGAGGCGCCAAGUGUAAAUUUAUUAUAUUCAAGGUAGUAUAGGCUUCUUUUCGAGAUAGUACAGUAAUCCUACAGUAUAUACUGUACAUGAAUUAGUUUCAAAGAUGAAGUUCAAUGGUUCAUGUGAUUUAAUGCCGAUCAAUACACUACAAGAUACAGACUGAUGUUCUCUCGGAUGCUGUGUUGGAAUUAAACAAUACUCUACUGUAAUUUUAAUUUAAAUGAUUUCCUUUCUUUUUUUUAAACAGGAUUUCAUAGUUGAAAAAUGUUUUCUGUAGUCCUAUUGUUUUAUAGUAGCAAUUCUCAAAAUUUGCAGCACUCGUUCCGAAAAGAACCCCAUACAGCACUUGUUUCAUUGUAAUAUCAAUAUGGAAAGGAUAACUGAUCAUUGUAUAUAAAUAAAUGUAUAUACGGUACAGUAUCAAUAUUCAAAUAGGUUGACUAGACUUUAAAUCCAUUACAUAUUUAAAAAAAAACGGUUUUAUUUACAUUUUAUUACAUAUACAUCAGUACUGAUGGUCGAAAGUACUCGAGCUUCAAUCUUCUUCAAACUUUGUCCAAGGAAAGACCAUGAUGUACAUAUAAAAAUAUGACGUCAUUCUAUAUAUUUUGAAUACUGAUAAACAAAUUAAUUUGCGUUAUCUAAGGUGUUUUAAACUAGCUCAGUAUGAUUUCGUUUUUGUUUUUCGUGUAUGUUUUACUAGCUAUUGCUAUGGUAAACACAAAAUCACCGUGAAAUGCAUUAACAUAUUUUCACCCUCCGACCUAUAAAUUUACGCAGGGUAGACAGACAAAAAUGCACUGACCUCCGCAGGUCGAGCUCUUUAGCAUAGGCCUAAUACAAAUCUCAGUAAUUGCCAUUGCAGCCUAGUUCGAGUCGAGUUUUUAUGUAUUUUUUACUGAUUUAUUAUUAUUUUUUUAAUAUUUUUAUUUUUGUGUAAUUUUAACAUCACUUCUCAUAUUCCAUUGUGGAAAAGGGAUGCAUUAUGGGGACUUAAUGAUGUGUUGACACAAUGUAUCACCAGCAAAUAGACGGGUAUUAUACUGCGGGUAUUCGGUAAGAAGUCAUUCGGUAUUUUGAUUUAUAUAGUAUAGGAAUAGACUCGGGCCAUCACAAAUCUGUGGAGCACGUCGGACUCCACUGGCACAUAGCAAACUCUGGUUUUUUUAAAGGAGAGUAACGUUUACAGGCCGUCUGCAGAAUUUUGCAGCAAGUGGUAAAAUUUGCAGACCACGUCGUCCCUUUUUUACAAACAAAUGCAUUUGCUUUCAUUGUCUUUCAGUGUAAAAUUAUAUACCUCUUUGGGUUAACACAAACUCUUGGAAAAUUCAAGAGAUGUAUACAAAUUAAUUUUAUCGGUUAGAUUAUUCAUAUAUGUUAUAUGGGGAUAUUCCAUGGUGUAUGAUGCUAUAGCAUCUAGGCCACUACAAUUAGGUCUAUGGUAAUGCUUGACACGUGCCAGAUACAAGCGUGAAUUAAUAAUCAUCUACAGAUUCUCGUGAUUAUACGUUUUCCAGACUACUCAGUAGCCUAUCACUUGUAAUGACGACUGCGCAUGAUCAGGGCUGUUAUAUAUUCCAGUUGAACACGGCUAACUGGUUAUAAUAGGUAUCGCUGUGUUGCUUAGCUGUUCGUGGAUACGCUCCCGAUCGUUUUCAUCACUUGCUUGAGGGAAUUUAUUACCUGAACGCAUGUUCACUAUGGAGUGCGUGAACGCUAACCAUCACCAAACGAAAGUAUUGCACUUGUGUCCAUUAGCGCAUACCAAGGUACGAGAACCCAAGAAAGCUGCAAUAAACCCGUUGAAUGGGAUCAUUAUUACACCAGAUACUGUACCACAAUUUGUUAUACCUCAGAAACGGUUACCGCGACUACAAAUAUUCAGUACAAGUGAAACAUCAGAAGAAGCGCCUAGGGCGCCCGAAUAUGUUAGCAGUGCUCCAGAUAGUAUGUUAGCCGAGACAAUGUCACACAUUCAGAUGAAGACAACACCAUACGGAUUUUCCUUUUUGUCAGAAAGUCCAACAACGUCUAGGAAAGAAUCACUCUAUCGUAAAAAGAACCAGCGUCAAACAACCGAGCAAAACCUGAAGGUCAAACCACUUGGCUAUCCAAACGUACCCAGCCCAUCAUCCUCUGAAGGUACAGACUUAUUCGAUUGGUCAAGUACAGGAACUUCUCCUUCUUCAAAUAAUUCUUUAUCACUCUGUAACUCACCAACGUUUACGAAAUCUAAAAGAAAAGUACCGUUUAGUCAAAGUCAUGGAAACAUAUAUUCAAUAGGCCUACCAGGCGAAGUUAUAGGCUUAAGUGUUCCCACCAGACCGGUCUCUUCUCCAUCGACACCUAGUGGGUCCCGAUCUAUAGACAAAAGACGAUGCUCUGUCCCAAUACCCGUACCAUUAGUUCAAUACCAUCGGUCACGGAGUCGUUCUUUACGUGCAGAGCAACCUGAAAAAUUGCAUCUACACUGUAUGAGGAGACGAAGCUAUUUAAUGGACUUGGGCGAUGUUCAUAUGAAGCUUUGCUAUUACCGACAGAGCGAAAGGUUAGAGGUUGGUAUAAUUCGUGCCGAAAAUUUAGGUGGCAGUGUCCACGUUGGUCCAAUAAAUCCAAUGUUGAAACUGAGUUUAACACCUUCUAAAGCCCAUGGAAAACACAAGACAAUGAACAUAAAAGGCACACGUGACCCUCAUUUCAACCAAACGUUUAUAUUUACAAACGUGAAGCCUGUGGAACUCGCACAUUUAAAUCUUAGGAUAAAGGUAAUGUCAAAGAGAUCGAAUCUAAGGCGAGCGGAAUACAUUGGCAACAUCAUCCAACCUUUGGGUUUCCUUAACGAUGGUCAAAGUUAUGACAUCAAAGCCAAUGUCAACCCAUGGAAUUCAGAAACGGUGAAUGGAACGUUGACCGUCUCUUUAUGUCUGAAACCAACGAGCCUGAUGCUGACCGUUAUUAAAGCAGAAAAUUUGGCCGUAUGCUCGAUUACCAACACGCCAGACCCGUAUGUUGACAUUGAGGUAACUGAAUCGAUAGGCGAAGAGCUAAAGGUGCAGACCUACCAGACGACAGUACGCCGAGGCACUAUGAAUCCGGUAUUCAAAGAAGCUUUCUCAAUCCCGCUGUCGAACACGACAACUGCGAAUGAUCUCACUCUUCUACUUGUGGUUCGUGACCGAGACUAUAUACUUCCUGAUGCAAAUAUCGGCCAUGUGCGCUUGGGUGUUGGCAUGACGACGAGUGAACACGUAGAAAGUUGGAAUAAACUUUUCAAGAAAACGGGCCAGUUGGUUACAAUGAAGUGCGUCCUCUGUAAUAUGCCAAUUGAUGACUAAGUCCUCAAUUCAACAGUUUGUGGUUAUACCCUCCCUGAUAAUAUGCAAUAAUGACAUCACAUAGUUAUGUAUUAUUGAAGUUGAAACGAAUAAGUGUGCCUUUUUUCAGAGUUUUAUUAAUGUCAUGUUUAAUGAAUUUUAAUAUUUUUUACCUACAUUUUUGUUAUCAAUGCCUUACUAUCGAUUCGAUUUCAAUUUAUUUAGCAAAGUGAAAUGGCAGUAUCAGUUAUUAAAUUGCGUAUUGAAAUAUUGGCGACGCACCGUUGUAAGGCUCAUGGCUUGAAUAAGCCGUAUCGGCCGAGCGUGAGAGAGAGAGAGAUUGAAAUAUAGGUUAUAAAAUCUAAGAAUUACAUUUUACAGCAAAAGUCAUAUGUAGGCCUAAUAUAAGAAGUCAGAAUUAAUAAAAACGGUAAUGAAUUGAAUUAUUCUUGUUACAAGAUUAGGUCUACAUAAAUCAUUAUUUGAUAAAGUAAGUUGACACUUAUGAUCAGUGUUUCUUCCUUUAAGGUUUUAGCUUGUUCGGUCAAUAAUUGAUACUGAUAGUCGUUAAAACAGAAUAGAAGUGUCAAAUCACCGGGAAUCGUUCAUACCAUGAUUUUUAGGCGGUAAUAUUACGCAUGUUUCAUCUUAGUUAGCCCGGGGUGUCCAUUCUACUGAAGUUCCUUGUUUGUUAUGCUUACCUUGUCUUCUUUGCUUAAGUAUGAAUCCCAACCUGCUGUUAGCUACGUUGAAAGUGGUUCAGAUGACAAUAGACCUUUCCGUGGUGUCAAUCAAACUUAACAACUGACCAAUUAGAAUUCAGAACAUCGCUAAUAUUAAGCACUUGUUUCUCAAGACUUAGUGCGUACCUCAAACGCACGUGUUUACGUACAUUUAAGGCCUGUUUAUAAUUGAAACGAUAACAGUAACGAUAAAAAUUUAAAAAGCAAUUGUUCAUAUAGGAAAUAAUAUAAAUAAUAAACGUUUUUACACUAAGACGAUUCGAUAACGACCUAUAUACGAUAACAAAAUAUUUUGACAAAUCAAUUCAAAUGACGUCAUACAUGAAAAAACGAUAAAUCGUUGUUACUACUACAAUUUUAUCAUUUUCGAUGAUUACGACGUCAUUUGAAUUGAUAUGUGAAAUUAUUUUUUAUUGUAUACAAGAUAAGUCGUUAUCGAAUCGUAAAAACUUCUCUUAUUUCUUUUAUUAUAUGAAAAAUUGAUUAGCUUUUUUAUCGUUAUCGUUGCAAGUAUGAACAGGCCUUUACGCUAUCUUAAUAACAACAUUAUCCAUCCUUAGCGGAAAGGUAUAUUUGCUUUUGACUCUGUAUAAAGUAAUAACAGAUUCAGGUAGGCUACUAUGUAUGCCCACAAAAUCGCCAUACUCCGCCCGAAAAAAGCUGAAAGGGACGUGGUUUCUACUGACAAAAAAAAAACAGGAAUGAUAAAAGCACAGCUUUGGAUCAGAUCUACAACAAUAAUGAUAACAAUAAUGCAUUAAUGACAAUGACAAUCAUAAUGAGCCCACCUAACAAUAUUACGUUAUACGAACGUUAUAAUAACGUUAAUGUUGUUUCAAACCAUAAGUACGUACCUAUAACCUAAUUUCACACAAAGUCAGACGGGUUGAACGUUCCUACAACGUUGUGUGAAAGUUAUUUUCAGACAUACCAAACCGCAACGUUAAUUAUAAGAAAGUUUUGUGUUUGCUGGGGAUAAUUAAAUGGUAAUAAUAAUGAUAAUGAUGAUAAUAUGUUGGUGUAGAAAAAAAUCUGGCGGUUGAGUGGCAACAUGGGUAAGGUCGAUUUAAACAUUAAAAUUGAUUUCAUCGACUUGGAACAAUAUAAAUGCUAUCAAAGCCCCACGAAUCAGGAAGAUGCUACAAAACGAACUCUAUUGUUACCAGAGAGGAACUUACAAAAUGAUCGUUUUGAUAUAUAGUUUAAAUUAUAGUUUACAAUAUUGAUGAAAUUUUAUAUUUCACUUGUUAGGCGUAUACAAUUUAUAAGCAACUGAUAUCGUAAAAUCAUAGGAUACUCAGAUUACAUUUGCAUGAUGUCUGAGAAAACUACUGUACGUGAUACUCAAACACCAAUUUACUUUCCAUUAGUAAAAUUAAAUGUGAAUUCUACCGUU